AUGAGCUCCUCUUCAUCGUCGUCGUCCUCGAACCCGGACCAGCGGUUAGAACACCUUCUGAGCGCCGUGGAAAGCGAGUUCCAAAAGGGUAGCGAGAAGGGCGACGCGUCCGAGAGGGAUAUUAAACUGUCGCUGGAGGACGCGGACUUAUGGAACAAGUUCAAGGAGUUGACCAACGAGAUGAUCGUGACCAAAACUGGACGGCGCAUGUUUCCGGUGCUGAGGGCCAGCGUGAGCGGUCUGGAUCCCAACGCCAUGUACUCGGUGCUGCUGGACUUCGUGGCGGCGGAUAACAACCGAUGGAAGUACGUCAACGGCGAGUGGGUGCCAGGCGGGAAGCCGGAACCGCAGAGCCCGAGUUGCGUGUACAUCCACCCGGACUCGCCCAAUUUCGGGGCGCACUGGAUGAAGGCGCCGGUGUCCUUCAGCAAAGUCAAGCUGUCAAAUAAACUCAAUGGUGGUGGACAGAUUAUGCUUAACUCCUUACACAAAUACGAGCCAAGGAUACACAUCGUCAAAGUGGGUGGCAUCCAGAAGAUGAUCAGCAGCCAGUCGUUCCCAGAAACCCAGUUCAUCGCUGUCACUGCUUAUCAGAAUGAAGAGAUCACAGCCCUGAAAAUAAAGCACAACCCCUUCGCCAAGGCCUUCUUAGACGCCAAAGAAAGGAGUGAUCACAAGGACAUGCCCGACCACAGUGUAGACAGCCAGCAAUCCAGCUACUCCCAACUGGGAGGUUGGUUCCUGCCAGGACAAAACCCCAUCUGCCCGAGCAGCAGCCCGCCACAGUUCAGUGGCACAGCGGGCCACUCGUCUGGUUCAUACUGCGAACGCUAUUCCAGCCUGAGAAGCCAUCGGGCCAGCCCGUACCCCAGCCACUACCCGCACCGGGCCUCCAGUACCAAUAACUACAUGGACAACACUUCUGGCACAUUGGCGCCAAGCCAUGACAGUUGGUCCGCCCUCCAGAUCCCAAACUCCACAGGAAUGGGCACCCUGUCCCACACUACCAACUCAACGUCCAACUCCAGUCAAUACCCUAGUUUGUGGUCCGUGGCGGGCACCACCCUGACCCCAUCGGGCUCGGCAUCAGGCUCCAUCCCGGGUGGGCUGACCUCGCAAUUCCUGAGGGGAUCUUCCUACACGGGCCUGACGUCCUCGCUGCCCGUCUCUUCGCCAUCCUCCAUGUAUGACCCGGGACUGGGCGAGGUGGGCGUGGGGGUUGGCGACGCGCAGUUCGAGAGCUCCAUUGCCCGGCUGACGGCUUCGUGGGCGCCCGUAGCACAGAGCUACUGA